CGACUUGGCCUCUUCUUAUCUUUAUCAAUUGUUGGAAGUUCUCCAUGACGAGAGGAGACGAACGAUUUCAUUCUUUUAAAGGGACUUAAACUUAUGGGACAGUUCGGUAAAAGUGUUGUGUAAUGUAGAGAAAAGUUUGUUUAUGUUUCGCACAUUUUUAGAAUAGUUAAUUCGAACUGUUUAUAAUUUGUGUCAUGAGAAUCUUGGGACCUAACUUUCUGAGUCGAACGAGACGAGUUCCAUCUGUGUUUCCAACAUGUCUUGCCAAUCAGAGCUUCCGCUUUGCAAGCAGUCUGAAAGGUAAAAUAAUAGCCAUAAGGCGAGAAGAUCAGUCAGUAUGGGAGAGAAGAGCUCCUCUGGCUCCUGCAAAUGUUCGGCGGUUGGUUCGAGCUGGAGUAAAAGUGAUCGUGCAACCGAGCAACAGAAGAGCCUAUCCGGUGAAAUCUUACUUGGCUGCUGGCGCAGUUUUACAAGAAGAUAUCAGUUCAGCUUCAGUUAUUUUUGGCGUGAAACAAGUUCCUGUUGAUCAGUUAAUUCCUAACAAGACUUACUGUUUUUUCUCUCAUACUAUCAAGGCUCAGGAGAGUAAUAUGCCCCUCCUUGAUGCCAUUCUUGAAAAGAACAUUCGCCUUCUUGAUUAUGAGAAACUGACUGAUGACAACGGACAACGUGCUGUUGCAUUUGGCAAAUAUGCUGGGGUUGCUGGCAUGGUGAAUAUUUUACAUGGACUGGGUCUUCGCCUUCUUGCUUUAGGUCAUCAUACUCCUUUAAUGCACAUCGGCCCAGCACAUAACUACAGAGAUUCUUCGAUGGCAAGACAAUCGAUUAGAGAUGCAGGAUACGAAAUAGCUCUUGGUGCGUUGCCGAAAUCGAUUGGACCAUUGACCGUAGUUUUCACCGGAAGUGGAAACGUAAGUCAAGGAGCUCAAGAAGUUUUCCAGGAACUUCCUCACGAAUAUGUACCUCCGGAAGAUUUAAGGAAGGUUGCAGAACAUGGUGAUACAAAUAAGAUAUACGCCUGCGAAGUUAGAAGGAGGCAUCACCUGGCAAGGAAAGAGGACGGCGUUUUUGAUGCUGAGGAAUAUGAUCAACAUCCUGACAAAUACAUUUCCACCUUCAGCAAAAAAAUAGCUCCUUAUGCUUCGAUUAUUAUUAACGGGAUUUACUGGGCAGUGGAUUCUCCAAAGUUACUCACGAUACCAGAUGCAAAAUAUUUAUUAAGGCCUGCGUACACACCAUGGCUUCCGAUAAGUGUGGGAGCUCCGGCCUUGCCUCACAGAAUGCUGGCAAUCUGCGACAUUUCGGCUGAUCCUGGUGGCAGUAUUGAAUUUAUGAACGAAUGCACAACAAUAGAUACUCCUUUCUGCUUGUACGACGCAGAUCGCAACAAAGAUACGAAAUCGUUUAAGGGUCCUGGAGUGCUUGUUUGUUCAAUUGAUAAUAUGCCAACUCAGUUGCCGAGAGAAUCGACCGAUUUUUUUGGUGAUUUAUUGUCUCCCUAUUUGGUGGACAUUAUGCAGUCUGAUGCAAAAAAGCCUUUGGAGGACCACAAUUUCACUCCGGCUGUCCACGGCGCGAUUAUUGCUUCCAAUGGUCAGUUGACUCCGAAUUUCGAAUAUAUUCAGGAACUUAGGACACUUAAUUUGCGAAGUAGGCACAAGGCUUGCAUUGAAAAUGGAGCAGACCAGUUGAAGAAGGUGGUAGUAUUAGGAGCCGGAUACGUAUCAGCUCCAGUAGUGGAAUAUUUACACAGAGAUAAGAAUAUAGGAAUCGUAGUUUGUUCUCAAUUGAAGGAAGAAGCUGAUGCCUUAGCAAAUAAAUAUCCGGGCGUUGAACCGGUAUUUUUGAACGUUUUGGAAAGACCUGAUACUUUAAAAGAUGUCGUCAGUUCAGCCGAUGUUGUGGUUUCACUUUUGCCGUAUUCUUUGCAUCAUCUCAUUGCGAAAACUUGCAUUGACACUAAAACUCAUUUGGUGACUGCAAGUUACAUGAAUGAGGAUGUUAAAGCUUUACACAACGAAGCGGAAGCGGCAGGUGUUACAAUAUUAAACGAGGUAGGUUUGGACCCAGGCAUCGAUCAUUUGUUGGCCCUGGAAUGUUUUGAAGGUGUACGUCAAGGUGGAGGAAAAAUUGAAUCUUUCGUUUCCUGGUGCGGAGGACUUCCGGCCCCGGAAUGCUCUUUCAAUCCCCUUAGGUACAAGUUUAGCUGGUCACCUCGUGGAGUUUUGUUAAACACUUUGUCAUCCGCAAAAUAUUUUCACGAAGGCCAGAUAGUUGAAAUUACUGGAGGUGGUGAUCUUAUGUCGGCUGUUCAAAAUUUAGACUUUCUCCCCGGAUUUGCAUUAGAAGGAUUUCCAAAUCGGGACAGUACAACUUAUCGAGAACUUUAUGGAAUUCAAAAUGCUGAAACGAUUCUGCGAGGUACUUUGAGAUUCAGAGGUUUCACGGACACCAUUCAGGCUCUCCAAUUUCUUGGACUGAUCGAUCCAAAUCCAAAUCCAAUUUUGCAUCCAAAUGGACCCGACAUCACUUGGAGAUCGCUAAUUUCCAACUUCCUCGGACUGCCGAAUGAAAGUGUUUUCUAUGAAAACUUGAAACGAAAACUGGUGGAGCGAGUUAAUUCCGAGGAACGAGCCCAGGCUAUUGAAGACUUGGGUAUUUUGCAGGAAGAUCUGGUUCUGAAGUUAAAUUCGCCUCUUGACACACUCUGCCAUUAUUUGUCAAAGAAACUCUGCUAUGACGAAAAUGAACGUGACCUUGUAAUUCUGAGGCACGAUAUCGGCAUUCGAUGGCCUAAUGGCAAAAGGGAACAGCGCGGAAUUAAUAUGGUGAUCUACGGUGACAAUAAAGGACAUUCAGCGAUGGCUCGCACAGUUGGUUUUCCUGCUGGUAUUGCUGUCAAGAUGAUUUUAGAUGGAGAAAUUCAGAAAAGAGGAAACCUUCUCCCUUUCACUCCAGAUAUAUAUCUAACAAUGUUGAGCAGAUUAAGAGCUGAAGGACUCGAAUCCUUCGAAACUUCCAAAUGGCUGUGAAACUCAUCUCAAAAAUGGUUUCAUUUUUAGUCACAUAUUUUUGCACCUGUAACAGAAAUGACUGAUAAUUAAAUUAAGUUAAUUUUCUUAAAUAAUAUUAUCAUAAAUUAGCUUUAAUCCUAAAUAAAAUCUAAUUAAGCCAAGUUGGUGAUCCAGAAGACAAAGAUACGUGAUUCAAAA